UCCGGUGCCAGUCUUAUCGAUUUUUAUUAGCAAUUUCCAGGGCAACAAGAACUCUGUUGAUUUUACUGACUUUGUUGAGUUAUUUCUAUUCUUUAAGGUUUGAUGCAGAUUUAAAUUCCAGCUGAAAAAUAUCGUUUUCCUUAAGCAAAUAUAGAGCCAAUGCGACGUUUUUAACGAUACUAUAAACCGGAAACACAAACAGUUAAGGCAACAGAAGUGCAACGUGGCUGAUUGAUCGACCUCCUAACUGGUGAAACUUACCAGCAUUAUGGAUACUGCAUAUUCAGCCGAAAUAAUUAACAAAUUCAGCAACAUGAAUCUGCAAAACAAGCCAAGGAACGCCCCACAAUAUGGAAUGCUCACACCAGAACAGAUAUCUGAUGCGCACAAGCCUCUGGACAUCCGACCACAGUCUUCGUUCAUUCCUGCGAUUUGUAAUUUUCAAACUGCUAGGAAAAUGGCCCAGGAAAACUUAGAGCAUCAACCAUUGCCAGAUGCGGUUAUGGACAUUGCAUUUCGGAAGGCUCAGGUAGCGGGUUCGGCAAAUCCUGGGAUCGCACUGGAAGUGGGUCCGUACGCGACCGGCGUUGGGAGCAAAAACUACAAAGCAGGUCCAACAAAGUGUACAAAAUACAGAGUUUAUCGACCAAAAACAUGUGGAGUUAUUCCAAAACCUUUGAGCGCGUCCGGCAUUAAGGAAAUUGUACCCGAAUUCAAGAAACGGUCAAAGGUCGGCGCGAUGGAUCUUGCUAUUGGGUGGGAUUAUCGAACAAAGCAAGAGCCUCGACGGGCACUCUAUAUGGACGGUUCAAAGGCUUCGGUAGCACCACCAAUAUUCGAGGUGGUCGAAGCGCCGAAAGAGCUUAAUUUGCCCAACGUUGUACACUCUGGUGGAGUAUUUUCAAACACGCUGGGUGAGGAAGAUUUCUUCGAUCGGGAUAUUAUCCGGCAGCACGAUGAGUACACUAAAAAUUACACGCUGGCUAAUCGCUGCAAAUGUAACAAAAAUGAUAAACCAAAAACACCAACUUCCGGAAACAAACAGGCCAAGUCUCCACGGCCAGAGGCCCAAAGUGAUGAGAAUGUUGCCAACGCUUUACCGGAAAUGGCCGAGUUACCGGAGCUGGUUCCGCAACGCAGCAAGAGCACUCCGAACAUGACUCAAUUACUGGACCAAGAAGUUAACAUGCCAAGCAGCAGACAACGGUCUCCGAAUGAAAAGCAAAGGGACAACAAAAUACCCCGCCUGUGUCACUCCAACCAGGACGACGAGUUUACCUAUAAGGUCCAGCACGAGUUCCGGUGCGCGUUUAAGGCCGGCAUACCGCAAAGUAAUUCGUCCGGAACAGUUGCUAGCUUUGACAGUGGCAUCGGGAACUGUUUACCAAAAAAUGAACCCAAGAAGCUUACGGUCCCCAGACCAAGGGAUCCGUACACUAAAAAGAAUUAUAUAAUAAACACGCUGGCCCCUCCCUUUGCUUUUUGGAAAAAGGGCUCUGGAUAUCCAGACUAUUGGCGUUUAGUGAGUGUUUAUCAACAUGCUUAUAAACCAGCGGAUAAAAGGAAGUACCCGUUGAUAAAGACGGUUUAUCAAUAGUAUACAAACUUUAGUGAACUUGAUGAACUGGAUUACAUUGAUGGUUUUAAAAAUUUCAACUUCCUUUCAACAGUCAUGUAAUUAGCGAAAAUAAAUGUUUGAUUCAAAAAUGCGGUUAAGGCUACCAACUCUUUCUGAGCAAAAAUCCGUAUACUUUACCGACAUGACACCAUGGUAUAACAAAAAAUGUCAAGGAAUUAUUUAGAUAAUUUUGGAAUUUGGGAAUUAGACAUAUUUUUGUUAAACGUUUAAAAGUUUACGAAAUAUCAAGUUUUUUCUAGAGUUUUUAUUGGAAAGGUCCUAUAAAUACAAGCACAUCACAAGGUUUUCACAAGCUUUAGAAAGCCUUUUGAUCUUUUAUUUGAUAAAUAUGUUUAGUAAGGAAUUUGAAAAGAACAAUUAUUGACAAUCAAGUUUGAACUGAGGAAAACCCCAAACUGACAGUUAAAUAAAAAUAUCAAAUUAGCAAAAGCUUUGACCCAAUCAAAAAAGCAAUGGAUUUUUUAAAAAGUUGUUAAAAUUCCGUACAAAUCCGUACUAUGCGAAAAAUUCCGUACAAAAAUUCCGGCCUGUUU